AAAAACUUUCGCUACUUCAGUGGCUGCUCUUUGGCCGUAUGAAGUAUCAUGGUCAAGUGGCCGGCGGCGCCCACGCAUGCGCAGAAUACAAAUGCAAAAAAAAACACUCACUGGCACACACACGCACGCAUACAUACACCACUCUAUGGAGAUUGGCAAAGUGGACGUGUGGCGAGUGGAACCAGAACCACUUUUGUGGGAAUUUUUUGGGUGAAAUGCUUUUUCGGAGCUGCAAAGCUUGGCUUUCAAAUAUUGUUGGACUGGCUUUUCAGUUUGCCACUAGCCGCGGGAGCCGGUGGUCGAAAGAAGUAGGUGGAGAGAAAGCCAGAAGAAAAGAAGACAACACGCAAAAUGUUGGUUAGAAGCGCUUGGAUAUGUUUGCUAAUCUUGGCGGUGGCUUCAUUGGCCGAGGAAACUGCAUCACCAUCGUUGAAACAAUCGCAAAAUACAUUCAUACAAUGGGUAUUAUCGUUGUUGCCCCAACGACCAGGUGCCUCGGAUACGGAGAACGCCACGCUGGCCACGCUGACCAGUUCAUCACUGCCAACUGCUGAACCAGGAGCAAGUAGUUCAACCACUACAACAAGUACCCAGGCCCCUUCGUCCAGCACCACAACCACACGUAGAGCCACAACACCAGCACCACCCACUUUGAAUCCACCAAGAAAGUGCAGUGAUUGCGUUUGUGGCAUUGCCAAUAUACAGAAACGUAUUGUCGGUGGUCAGGAGACUGAAGUCCAUCAAUAUCCCUGGGUUGCCAUGCUACUCUAUGGCGGGCGUUUCUAUUGUGCUGCUACCCUGCUCAAUGAUCAAUUCCUGCUAACCGCCUCACAUUGUGUUUACGGUUUCCGUAGAGAAAGGAUUUCAGUGCGUCUUCUCGAACACGAUAGAAAGAUGUCACAUACACAGAAAAUUGAUCGCAAGGUCUCGGAAGUCAUAACCCAUCCGAAAUAUAACGCUAGGAACUAUGAUAACGAUAUAGCCAUCAUUAAAUUGGAUGAACCAGUGGAAUUCAAUGAGCUACUCCAUCCCGUAUGCAUGCCCACGCCAGGAAGAAGUUUCAAGGGUGAAACAGGCAUAGUCACAGGUUGGGGGGCACUAAAAGUUGGUGGUCCCACAUCGGAUACUUUGCAGGAGGUGCAAGUUCCCAUUUUAUCACAAGAUGAAUGCCGUAAGAGUCGUUAUGGCAAUAAGAUUACGGAUAACAUGCUUUGCGGUGGCUAUGAUGAGGGUGGCAAAGAUUCCUGCCAAGGAGACAGCGGUGGCCCAUUGCAUAUUGUGGCCAAUGGUACACGGGAACAUCAAAUCGCCGGCGUCGUAUCAUGGGGCGAAGGCUGUGCCAAGGCUGGCUAUCCGGGCGUCUAUGCUCGAGUGAAUCGCUAUGGCACCUGGAUCAAGAAUCUCACCAAACAGGCCUGCCUCUGUCAGCAGGAGACCAAGAAAAUCAAAUAAGUACCAGUUUUUUUAGUUUCUCCUCAAAUACUCUUUGGCAGAAACUAGAGUCCAGGGAAUGAUGAGUUUUGUAGCCUGAAGAAAACUUGGAAUUUCCCAAAAAUUUAUUUUUAUAUUUACCACUCGCCGCUUGAAAGACAUGUUUUUUUUGCAACAAAGAAAAAACUGUUAGAUUUCCUUUUGCCGAGUGGUUCAUUUUGUCUGCUAGAGUAUCUUAACUUCGGUUUACCGAAUGCUCUUUUAAUUUCUUCCUUCUUGUAUUUAUUGAUUAAAACAAAAAAAAAAACUACAGAAAAAACUUGCUGCAAACGCAGAUUCUCCUUGACUUGAGGCAUUCACCUCGAGCCGGUCUAGCCAGUUCUUUGUCCAGAAUGUCAGUGAGGAGCAAGAU